CCGUGGUAACGAAUAGCGAUGACGUUACAUCAUGAACUGUGCUGUGUUGUCACCAGCUGUUGUCUGGAAGACGAAGGAAAAAGUGUCUCGGUUGAUCGUGAGACCCGCGAGCGCACCGGAGCACGGAGCAGCACGCUUUUGGAGGUGAAGGAUGGUACCGGAUGACUGAUCGAAAGACCCCGGACCUGCAGCCAGCUCCACAGUGAUAGUAUCAAUUACAUAAAUGAAGACAGAAACUGUGAUAACGGACAAGUACCCACACAGGUUGGAGUUGAAGCCAUUUUUCUCUGCAGAGACGGGUAGGAGCACAAGCCUGGCACAAAGUUCAAACAGGAGGUUCAAAGAGUCGAUACAGUGCUUUUGAAGUGGCACCAACGCCAUCAUGAAUGUGGGCACGGCGCACAGCGAGGUGAACCCGAACACUCGUGUGAUGAACAGCAGGGGGAUGUGGCUCUCUUACAUCCUGGGCAUCGGCCUCCUGCACGUCAUCCUGCUCAGCAUUCCCUUCGCCAGCGUACCUGUGGUCUGGACCCUCACCAACCUCAUACACAAUCUGUGUAUGUACCUCCUACUUCACACGGUAAAAGGGACGCCGUUUGAGACCCCGGACCAGGGCAAAGCUCGCCUCCUUACACACUGGGAGCAGAUGGACUACGGCGUGCAGUUUACUGCUUCGCGCAAGUUCCUCACUAUCACACCCAUUGUCUUGUAUAUACUCACCAGCUUCUACACCAAAUACGACCGGGUCCAUUUUGUGGUCAACACGGUGUCUUUGCUCACUGUGCUCAUCCCUAAGCUGCCUCAGCUGCACGGUGUGAGGAUCUUCGGCAUUAAUAAGUACUGACAACGCUGAAGAGGACACCGCCUCCUUCCUUCAGUCCCCGUGGACUUGCUGAGAGCACACAGGGUAUCGGGCCUCUGAUUUUGGCUGCAGAUUGACGAGGAUCGGUAGCUCUCGACUCUGCUGAGCGCUGCUCUAAAUGAAGCCUACAGGGGAUACCGCCAUGGUACCAGACCCCAAGAAAGUGACACAAUACACUUUUACAGACAGGACAAAGGGAAAGUGGACUGCAGUGGUUCUUGGUGGCCUAUUUCCUUUGACUUAAAGGUUUUUCUAGAGACACUUUAAAAGCAUUCUUAAGGGAGCAUUAUGUCUGUUUUAUAUCCGUCAGGUGUCGAGAGGAGAGGGCGGUGUAGCUGCACAACAACACAGGCACUCUGAGGCUGUAGACAAAGUCAUUCUGUAUGUAAUGAUACAGUGCUGUAUUUAUUUAGCUUUUAGCUUCUUUUACUCUGGUCUUUUUGAGCUUCAGAGGAGAGAGGAACGGACUUUGAUGAAACGGUGAGGGACUUGUGAAGUGCUGCAGAGACGAGAAACCACAAAAGUUUUAUUUUUAGCACUCGCUGUUCUGCUCAGGGCAAAGACGGGGAAGUUAAGCAACCCUUUCUUUUUUUAUCUGACCGUUUCCAUAUUUGGACUCCUCUUGUCCUGCUCUGUGUGGCAGUUAGCCUCCCAUCUGCAGAAUCGUCUGGCCUGAGUGCAGAAAGAAUUCACUCCUCUGAUCCAACACAAAAUAGUGAGAAAUCUUUCAAUUUGUCGCUUAGAGACUUGUCCUUAAUAAUUUCAAAGUUUUGUGUAAAGACACAUGUUGCUCCUCUGUAGGAAAACUAUUUAGCCAUUCUAUAAGUCUGAGCUUUACCUGCGUCUCAGUUCAGGAUCUGGAGGCAAACAACAUAUUCUGAGUAACCCUCUGAGAAGGGUCUGCCUCUCAAACUAAAACAAUCAAAUACAGAAGUCUGGUAGAUCCUGAGAAGUGUUUUUAAUGUUAAGUUCUUUCACAUUUACAGAUGAUAGGAACAGAUUUUAGAGCCAUGUUUGUCUUCACCAGCUUCUGGCUAAAACAUUUAGCAAAGAGUUUCCAACCUGAAGAAGCUGAGGAGCCAUCGAGCUAUCGGCCGCUGCUUUCUGAGCUGGUUGAGCGCUGUAGGUUUUAGUUGUUUGCUUUCUUAAAGCUGAGAGGAAGUACAAAGUUAGAUGUUUUGUAAGUUUGUUUCUUAGGGAUCCCGCUUAGUCUUUUGUUUGUGUCAAUUAAAAGCAAAAUGAGGACGACUAUGCAUAGAAGAUAAUGUAGAAGAAUCUCAUUCUGAUAUAAUCCCUCAUUUUCAUCACACAGGAAACAACACUCAUUGUGUCUUACCUAAUGACACCCGGCCUUCUGCUUUUUUUUUUUUGCCUGUUUGAUACAUUUCUGAACUUCAUUCUUUGCACAAUGGGUGUGUGGCCCCAAGCAGAUAGUCAGGGGGCAGGCAGGGCUUCAUGAAAAGGUAGCAGCCAGGUGCAUCAGAGGAAGGGAGCGGGACGACUUUUAUCUGUGUUCAGAAACUGCAAACAGCUAAUCCUUCUCACUCUGGUUUUUAAGAAUCGCUGACUUGUGUCCAGCUUUAACUCUGGUCGUCUGCCAAGAUAGAAACCAGUGGAAAGAAAGAUGUGUUCACCAAAAAUUUAAAGCCACAGUUUUUUUUUUUUUAAAAGUAGGGUAGACAUAAAAAAGUCUGAUCCAAAUCCAGAUCCUUCAAAACAGUUAAGUGAUCCCUCUCAAUGCUGUCAGGAUCUUUUUUAUGAUGCAAAGAAAGGUAGAGUGCUAAAGGGAUUCUGAGGGAUGUUACAGAGCUGCUUUGUUUUUUGAUUAGGACUGACUAAAAGUGAACAUGUUAAUGUUCUUUUAGAGAACGGUUAGAGUACAUUUCUGCUUGUUUACUGCAGCUGUUUAAUCUGUUUCACUUGGCAGAGGAAGGUCACCAUGGUCACUGAUUCACUGUGGCCAGUAGUUUGUAAAAGUCAAGUACAUAUACUAUGAUCAGAUCGAGUGUGUUAGGAAUGUAGUUUGGGAGCUUUCUUCUCAAUUUCAUUCAGCUUUGCUUUGUGGGAAAUCAUUUGAUGGUUGUAAAAUAAAUGCGUUAAAUCUCCUACAAGAGCAACUAUUGCGGAAAAACUCCAAUUUCCAAAAAGUGAUUUAAAAUAUAUUUCAAUGGAUGCCUUGGCACAGGCAGAAUCUAACCCCAUCUUGGAUUCUGCCUGUGUGAAGGCGUCCAUUGAAAUAUAUUUUUGGAUGUCGAAGGUCCUUCUGAGAGCAUUGACCUCCACCGGUGUAGGGGCUGAAACGCAAGAGUUUCCUUGUAGUUCACAGAAAAAGUAAUAUAUGAUAUCUAAAUGGUAAAUGGACUUGAGCUUGUAUGGUGCUUUCUAGUCUUCUAACUACUCAGAGCACUUUUUACACCGCAGGUCAUACUAAACCAUUCACACGCUGAUGUGUAAAAUGUCCAUCAGAAGUAACUUAUCCAUUCAUACACCGCUGAUGCAGCAGUGGGAGCAACUUGGGGUUAAGUGUCUUGCCCAAGGACACAUCGGAUAUGUUGCUGCAGGAGUUGGGGAUCGAACCCCCUGACCGCCCAGUUGAGAGAGGACCGGCUCUUCCACUGAGCCGCAGUACCAAACAAUGUUCACGUUUAGAUUAUUUUUUAAACAGUGUGGUCAUAGUGAGAGCUGCAGAUUAAAAAUCCUCUCCAGAGUGGACCAAAUAUAAGAAAAAUCCAACUUACUUUUUAAAAUAUGUUUAAAGAUGUUAGCUUGAACAAGAUGAGCACAUGUUAGUCUCAGAGGUAGUGAUGAUAGCCAGUAGCUGAAGAAGUAGCAAAAUGACAGACUGUGACAGCACGAGUUGUUGUAGAGAGAGAAACAGUUUAAUCCGUGUUGGAAAUGAUAGACAAAGGAAAAGACAAUGAUUAAUCUCCGUCGUUUCAUUGAGCAGAUUGAUGUGGCCGUCGAGCCAAAGAACCAUCGCUUUGUAAACACAACUGUCCUGACUUCAGUGUGAUGUUUGUUGUCACCAUAAAGGGCUUACUUCAAAGACAUGCUGUGAUCAUUCAUUCAUAGCACAAAAGUGAUUUUUUUUUUCCUCCAACAUUGCAACAGUUUGUAUUGAGUGUUGACUAAAUGUGAAACUGUGUGCUCUCAGCUUCUGUUUGUUGAUGAGCGUCAGUGGAGUUUGAAGGAAAUGUGUACGAGUGCUCGAUCCAAAUUACAGUAUUUUUAGAAAACGA